UGCCCUCCAGCCUCAACACACACGGCCUCAAAGACUCGUCUGCCACACUUGGAGCGCUGCUGCUGCUGCUGUUAGACAUCAGGACAUCACACACGGGAUGACGAUGGCUUCCUUCAUGUGCAAGACGCUGACUUUAUUCAUCAUCUGCAUGGUUCUGCAAGAGGGCUGUGGACUGCCCUUAUCAGACCGGGCAGAGCUGCCAGCUCAGGCUCCACAUCCACACCGCGUCAGGACCAAACGCUGCUCCUGCAACAGCUGGGACGAUAAAGAAUGCAUCUACUUCUGCCACCUGGAUAUUAUCUGGGUCAACACGCCAAGUAAAGUCCUUCCGUAUGGCCUUGGGAGUCCCCUGUCUCGUCGCCGCCGCCGCUCAGCUGACCGUUGCGAAUGCCUCAACCCAACAGAUAAAACCUGUUCUGGCUUCUGCCAAAGCUCAGAGAAUCCAAGGACUAAUCUCGUGGGUCCAGUGCUCGAAUCUGCAAGCACAAGCAGCAACAAACUGCUGGCAUCUUUCAGAUCUGUUGUCAAGUCCAACGUGGCGAUCGCAAACGUGAUUCUGUCAUCAAGCGAGAAGCCAGGUGGAGUCAACAGGCCCAGGAGCAGAACAAUCAGGUAGAGGGCUGAGCGAACGCCAGAAGUGGUUCACUAUCCAUGGAUUCAACCUCCGUGGGCCGGAGAGUCCUCCAGCUGCUUUCAACGCCGGCACCAGGGUUUUCAAAUGAGUGAAGAGUCUUGCGAACUCUGGGGAUGCGGAGCUGGUAAGGAGGAAGGCCACAGAGGCAGCGGAUCAAACAUUUGAUCGACGAAGUGCUUCGGAGGACUGGCAGCUCACCAAGACAGAAGCACUACAGCAGGAGAAACGCUUAAUGUCAUUUCCUAAGCUCUCUUUGAACUUUUUUUGAAUUUAACAACAGUCUACCCACGUCAAGGAAGGAUCAAUUAAACCUAAGGACAUGGAAGCUGCUUUUUGGGUAACCACAUCAAGAAAGACUCAUCAGGCACUGAUCUGUCGCUCUUUGGUGACUACAGACAUUGCACUGCUGUGACUCGUCGGACAGUUUUAAAUCUGAUGGACGCUACGACAGGAUGGUCGGAUCAUUACAUGUUGCGGGUUCAUAUCAACUCUGCAUUUAGUUCUGAAUUGCUUGUCAAAGUUUACUCAAAUGCCCUUGAAAAUAUUUUGUCAUUGUUGGCCUUUGGUUGGGUUUAAUUUCCUCUGUAUCAGAGUGGGAAUCUGCUGUCCUGCCUAAUGUUUAGGGCAAAUUAGCAAAUAGCUUUUUGAUAAUCAGGCAGUACUUGAAUGGCAGCUUGUUCACUCAGGGCACACAUUACCUCAUAGUGAAAUGAAGGUCAUCUCUUUGGGAUUUAUCUAACAAACAAUUAACUUUAUACAAGAUCAAUUGUCAGCUCCUCUACACACACAUAUAAAGCACCCUGUGCUAGCAUAACAACUACAGUAGGUCUAUUGUGUGGGCUCCAGUGUUUAUUGCACAGCUUGUGUUUAACAUUUUGAUUGAAGAUAAGCCAGAAGUGAUGUGCAGCUUGCCAAAAAAAUGCAACAAUUGUUUUACUCCCCUGACACGCAUUUAGCGUUCAUUUAAUUCCUCCGUCUUAGUCACCGGGAAAGUAUGAAUCUGAACUUGUGUUAUUCCCUUCAGAAGCAAUUUAUCUGUGGCCUGCACUUUUCCUCUGCCCUGUCUGAUUGCAGUCAGCUCACGGACACAAACAAAUAUAAACUUUCAUUGUAACUCAGAGAAAACUUCCUCAAAUAUCUCAAUGCUGUACAUGAUGGAUAGUUUACCAGCUUAGCAGUUUACUGUUAAAUGCUGAAUGAUAGCAAGUAUUGUAAAUACAACAACUUAUUUAUUCUGUAACUUAUUCAGAGAUGUAUAUAUUUAUAUUUGUUUGAAUGAUGCAGUGAAUUGCGUGCGAGAAAAUAAAAAUACAA